AUGCCACCAUCCCAAGUAGAAGAUAUAUCAAAGACAGAGUUAGAGACUCCGGAACAUUGUCCUGGACCAGAAUCUGAACAAGCUGGAAAAGAAGAUGCUUGUAAUGGAUGCCCCAACCAAGAUAUAUGCUCAUCACAACUACCAAAAGGACCAGAUCCAGAUUUGCCUUUAAUUAAUAAGAGAUUAUCGCAGAUAGAUCAUAAGAUACUUGUAUUGUCAGGAAAGGGUGGUGUAGGUAAAUCAACAUUUACAUCCAUGUUAUCUUGGGCUUUAGCUGCAGAUGAAGAGAUAGAGGUUGGUGCGAUGGAUUUGGAUAUAUGCGGACCAUCUUUACCUAGGAUGCUCGGUGCAGAAGGUGAGUCGAUCCACCAGUCUAAUUCAGGAUGGUCACCGGUUUAUGUAGCAGAUAAUCUUGGGCUUAUGAGUAUAUCCUUCAUGUUACCAGAUGCCGAUUCGGCUGUUAUAUGGAGAGGUGCAAAGAAGAAUGGAUUAAUAAAGCAAUUCUUGAAAGAUGUUAAUUGGGGUGAACAUUUGGAUUAUUUAGUGGUUGAUACCCCUCCAGGAACCUCAGAUGAGCAUUUAUCGGUUACUACGUACAUGAAGGAAGUUGGAAUAGAUGGUGCUUUGAUUGUCACUACACCACAAGAAGUUGCAUUGCUAGACGUGCGGAAAGAGAUUGAUUUUUGUAGAAAAGCAAAUAUCAAGAUUCUAGGAUUAGUGGAAAAUAUGUCCGGAUUUGUUUGUCCUAAUUGCAAAGGAGAGUCCCAAAUUUUUAGACCUACAACCGGAGGUGGUAAGAAGCUAUGUGAAGAUUUGAAUAUUCCCUACCUUGGAGCUGUUCCAUUAGAUCCUAGGAUAGGUAAGGCGUGUGAUGCUGGUGAAAGUUUCUUUGACAGCUAUGCAGACUCACCAGCGUCAAAUGCAAUUUUAGAUGUCGUUGAUGCUCUAAGAGAUCAAGUAGAGAUAUCUAUUAAAAAACUAAAUAUAUAA